AAGGAGCGAGACGCUGGGGAGGGAAGGAGGAAGAGAGGGAGGAGGAAGAGGAAGAGGAGGAGAAGGAGGAGGAAGGAAACGAGGCAGGGGAGGGAGAAAGCAAAGGAAAAAAGGAGGGAGGAGGGGGCAGUGAUGAAGGGAGUGAAAGAGAGGAGUGCCGUGAAGCAAGCAUGAGGUUUUCACUUUCCGUUCUCCCCUCAGCAGCAGUCAGAUGAGUCCUCGCAGAGAUACAAGAGAAGUGCCUUCUUUUGCUGACCCCUGGGGCUGUUUGGCUCCGCUGAAGCCACCUCUGUGCCUGGCCAUGUCCGCCGGAGUUGCCGGCCACACCAGGAGCCCCAGGACUGCCGAGCCCUUCCACUGAGCCUCCACACCUCCAUCCUUCCCUCCAUCUCCUGCUGCCCGCCCGACCUCCGCCUUUUCUCCAUCCAUGUCAGUCAGCCUGCUUCAGAGGAAGUCAACCACUCCCACCGCCGCAGACAGACUCCGAUAGUGAAGACAGCUUUUAUCGUCUACCUGUGAGGAGAAGGAGAUUGUCCCCUUCGCUGUCCCCUCCACUGCAGCCUACUCCGCCUCGUCCUUGCCUAUCGUUUCCUCUCUGUCCUCCUUCCCUCUUUCCUCCAGCCCUGCAUCUUUUCAUCAUGGGCCAACUCAAUCGAUAAUGCGUUUUGCCAUUCAUCUCAUCUGACAGCUCGGCCGUGGAGCGAGGCGCGAGAACUGGUGUGCGCGGGAGAGAGAGAACGAGAGAGACAGAUUGCCAAGCGAACGUCUGUGGCCGUCACCAGCCCGGGCCCCGGGUGACAGGCGGUGAAGGAUUCCUUUUACAGCCGCAAACAGACUCUUGGGAUCGGCUGCAGGUUGUAGGCGAGUCUCAGGCCUCACAGGCUUCACCUUAGAACCAGACCGCCAGGACAAAAACCUCUUAAAACUGGAUUCCCCCCAUGUCAUUUACUUCGUCAGACUUCUCUGUUGUCCCGGUAGAAACACACAGACUUGUAAUUGCACUCGCUGGAUAUCUGCUCCACUUUAUCGACCCCUUCGGCCCGGUUCAAAAUGGCGGUGAACAUGGCGCCGAUGCGAGACACGAAGUGGCUGACGUUGGAGGUCUGUCGGGAAUUUCAGAGAGGGACGUGUUCGCGGCCAGACAGCGAGUGCAAGUUCGCUCACCCUGCCAAGAGCUGUCAAGUGGAAAACGGCAGAGUCAUUGCCUGUUUUGACUCACUCAAGGGCCGCUGUUCCAGGGAGAACUGCAAGUACCUCCAUCCUCCUCCUCACCUAAAGACCCAGCUGGAGAUCAAUGGAAGGAACAACCUCAUCCAGCAGAAGAACAUGGCGAUGCUGGCCCAGCAGAUGCACCUCGCGAAUGCAAUGAUGCCCGGCACACAGCUACAGCCAGUGCCCAUGUUUUCAGUCACACCCGGCCUUGCCACUAACGCCAAUGCGGCGUUUAACCCCUACCUGGGCCCUGUGUCGCCCGGCCUGAUACCCGCCGACAUCAUGCCCAGUGGUCCCGUACUGGUCACCAGCAACCACAGCGUCCCUGUUGCUGCUGCCGCCGCCGCACAGAAGCUCAUGAGAACAGACAGACUGGAGGUGUGUCGGGAAUAUCAGCGGGGUAACUGUACACGCGGGGAGAACGACUGCCGCUUCGCCCACCCGUCAGACAGCACUAUGAUCGACACCAACGACAACACAGUCACUGUGUGCAUGGACUACAUAAAGGGCCGCUGCACGAGGGAGAAGUGCAAGUACUUCCACCCUCCAGCUCACCUGCAGGCCAAGAUUAAAGCCGCCCAGCACCAAGUCAACCAGGCUGCAGCCGCUGCAGCCAUGAAUGAGUCGGCUGUCAAAUCACUGAAGCGACCCCUCGACGCAACUUUUGACCUGGGGCUCCCUCCCGUUUUGCCUCCUUUACCAAAGAGACCUGCACUUGAAAAAGCCAACGGUGCCACCACGAUGUUCAAUGCUGGCGUAUUCCAGUACCAACAGGCCCUGGCCAACAUGCAGUUUCAGCAGCAGGCUGCCUUCAUACCAUCAGGCUCGAUAUUUUGCAUGACACCUGCAACAAGUAUUGUACCCAUGAUGCACGGUGCUACUCAAGCCACUGUGUCUGGAGCCAACACAUCUGCCACAAGUGUUCCCUUUGCAACCGCAACAGCCAAUCAGAUUUCAAUGAUAUCUGCCGAGCAUCUGGCUAGUCACAAGUAUGUGACCCAGAUGUAGGAGACUCAAUCAGAACAAUGGAACGGGAGCGUGCUGGCGUGGAUUCCGAGAUGAGCAGUCACCCUUCAUGCCUGCAACAUCGAGCGAAGAGGAACCAGAGCCCCGGACUGGUUUGGGAUUAAAUCUGCAUGUUAACAUAGGAGGCACAGUUUUGUCAGGAGCGUUUUCUUGUGUAUUUCAUGCACACUAUUACACGACAACAACAGAAAAGAACAUAAUUUGCAUUACAGACUGCCUUUCGCUCAGUCGAGGCCACUUACCUUUAUUCACCGGACACACUUUGAAUGUGGAAAUGAGGUAAACGCGCGGAGCAGUCGAGAGGAACAAAACAAUCGACUGUUGUAUCGGUACGUCCAUUGACCAAGAAUCAUGACUUGUGGUGUUUGUUUAGCUCAUCGAUUGUUGGUCUCUGACUCAAACGUGUUCAUUUGUUUACACAGAGGUGCACCUUGUAUUUCAGUUCAAAGGAAACUAAUGAUCUUACUGAAUCCAAUAUGCAUGCACGCUGAUUUUUUCAUUAACGAUUUUUGUUCUGUUAUAAAACCAAUGAUAAGGGAAAUUACAUGAGUGCACUCAGAGGCGAAAUAGCAACUGAAUGUGUGUGAGGUGUCUUUCAAACCUUUGUAGCCUACCUUUCUGUCUUUUAAGCACAUGUCUUUAAACCCUGUGAAGUGCCACACAUCCCCUAAAACACGCCAAAUGGUAUUCAGGCAGUGUUGCAUAGUAUCAAACUCAACAAUUCCCUUUAAAUCCUUCUCUAGUUUCUCUCACGGGGCAACUUGUAGCGUCCGGCGCCGUGACCUGUGUGUACCUGGGAUCCCAAACAGACCCAGUUCUGAUUAGAUUCCCCCAGAUUGUCUGCUUUACUCAAAUCUAUGGACUGAAUAGGUUUUUUUGAUUUUUAAUUCUUCGCCGUUUAGGUCAGUUGUGUUCGUUGAGUCUAUUGAGUCGUAUGAGAGCUCUCGUCCUGAGGGAGACCAAAGACUCGAAUAGCUUUGAAACAAAAUGGCCAUCAGUCGGUAUCCAAACUGCUGUGAGAGACACACAACUCUAAUCUACGGUGCAACUGGCGAUGGAUAUGGGAUUUGCAUGACCGGAUUUGUGUUCAUUUGAAUGGUUAUGCAUAUUUUAAAGGCAGGAUGUAAAGGUAGAGGUUAGUAUGUGGUGUAAUGGAGUGUGUUUGUGUGUGUGUGUGUGUGUGUGUGCGAGCGUGUGUGUAUAUAGUCUGACAUAUUUAUGAAUAUUUGUUACCUGAGAGCUGUUUUCAGAUAGUCAGCCAAAGUUUUUUGUGUCACUGUUGUUAGAUGUUGUGGGUAGAGUUUAGAGGGGCUGACUUUUAAAAAAAAAACGCACGGGGGGGGACUGAUAAGCGAGUCCGCAGAAGGGUCGGGUGUUUAGAGUAGAUCUCUAGAAGAGUUUUCUUUCUGUUGUCGUUGUGUUCUGGGUGUUCUUCAGGCAUAUUUAAUCGGUGGCUAGUACAGGGAAUGUGGCAAGAAUAUAAACGAUUGUAUUACUCAUCCAAAGCCUUAGAAUGUACCAUCGGGUCAGCACAAUGCAACAUGCCAUUUUGACUCAUCCAGUUGCCUAAUCCACGCCAUACCAACACACACACACACACAGAGCACUAUGUAAUUGUCACUUUUUUUUGUUAGUGUUUUCUUAACCUUACUGGAGGUUUGUCUCCUUUAGACGAGGAGUGUUUCACUUUAUUUUGUUUUGUUGACAUGUCGAUUUUAGUUUAAAUUUUCAGUUUGGCUUAUAAUAUUUAUCUUUCUUAUAAUGAAAAUAAGGAUUUAAAACAAAAAAGAGUGUGUUUUUGUGUGUUCCCUCAUGCACAGUUUCCUGAAAUUCCAUGUAGUGUUAAUUUGAGUAUGAUUAUGAUUGUAAACUCAAUAUUUUCUACGUUAUGCAUAUUGUUGAACUGUAUGCACAUUGUUCAUUUCUCUAGUCUUUUUUUUGUCCUCUUUGAACAAAGAUGUUUUAUAUGAGUAUCUAACGGUGAUGAAAUAAUAGAACAGAGAGGCAGAGUUGUCACUGUGGCAACCGCUGCCGAUAACCGAGUAAUAUUUUAACGAUUGUAAGGUUUGUAAGUAGUCAAAUAAUAAGAUAAAAAAAAAGACUAUUAUAAAAAAAAAUCUAGUUCUUAGAUGUUUAGAGUAAAGAUGUUAUUUUCUACUGUAUCCAUUUCAAAUAGUAAAGUAUUGUUUGAAUAUUUUUACUCUCCCUGGAAAUUGGGCCAUGUUGGAAAACAAGCUGCAUAUUUGAUCACUUUUUCAGGGGCGUCGUUGCCGGCGGGAUCAGGUGAAGCGAGUCCGAGCGCUCGUCUCCUCCUCAGCCAACUGCAAACAACGAGGGCGGGGUCGGGGGAAACUCGAGGCGAUAAAGGCGAUAAAAAAAAGGUUGACUUUUUUGCACUUCUGUACAUAGUCAAAAAAGAGAGAAUCAUGUAUAUUGAGAUCUUAUUUUGAAUAAAAAAAAAAAGAAGACGUCUAUGACGACAAGGAAUUUUGCUAGGAUAACGACAAAAAAAAAUAUCUUACGAAAGGCUGAACAAAAUUGCUUGCAUCAAAAAGGGCAGCGAGUUCUCACGCUCCGAAACCCGUUUCAGAAAAAAAAGGCCAAGUGUUGCUCUUCUUUUUUGUCAGCAGCUUGUAGUUUGCCAGGUAACCUUCCGGAGGAGGCGUCCACUGCCCUCCAGCGCGAGGGCCUGACUGGGUUUGUCUGGUCCCCGAACCUGCCUGUGUGGACAGGUCUGUGUGUCAUGGCCACGCCCUCCCAGGCCCAACCAAUCACAACAUGUCCUGUCUCUUUACUUUACUCAGAGAAGAAUGCAUGUUCAAGGAAAAACUACAUAUACCGUUUUAGAAGUAAAAAAACUCAUGACACAGUAAUAUUGAAUAAGAAAGAUGUAUUUACAGUAUACAAUAUUCUAUCAAUGUAAUGGAGUAAAAUAUAUAUAUUAAAAAAAAUACAAAAAUAGAAUAGUGGUUUAUUUAGAGAAAAGAAGAAAAAAAAAGAUUCCUGAGAAUACACUCGCUCAAGUUUCACCACUUGGAGAGUUCAAACACAUGCAACACAAACACCAUAGUUCUAAGUAUGUUCUUUCUGUUCAUGUAAGCUGUGCUUAGUAGAUGAAACUGACCAAACAGGAACGUGGUUCAACAUCAGGCAGAAUUUAAUAAAAGAGCAUAUCUUCAGACAGGAAAUACCUGGUAGCGGUUUGGUCAUAAAGUCGUUGGUUAGAAACCAGGGCCGGGUCUAGGCAGGGGCAAGAGGGGGCCUGGCCCCCUCAAAUAAAUGUUGUGCCCCCUCAAACUAAAUAGGGUUAGGGUUAGGGUUAGGCACAAUGCCCCCUCAAGAUUUGUGGCUGCCCCCUCAUACAUGCCUGUCUAGACCCGGCCCUGUUAGAAACGCUGUCCUGAUCAUCUCUCGUCCUCUCUCAUCUUCUACAAGCACGCAUGCUUACGUUUACGAUAUAGUGUAAAACUGAAACCUUUUGAUUUUUUUCUCUGUUUGUUGUUUGUUUUCUCUGCUUGUAGUGCCGAUAUGAUGUAUUCUGUCCUCUGCCGCGGUUUGUUUCUGCUUGUUUCACUGUCCCAGGCCCCGUGAAAGGAUGUGUCGGGUCCGCGGUGCCGCUCGCCCGCUGCAGAAAGAGAGAGAGAAACCCACUGAUUGUCACAGUCUAAAGCCAUAAAAAUACAAUCUCAUCAGAAUGAACCGUGUGUGAAGAGAGCAGAUGUGGGACAGAGGUGGAGAGCGGCACCUGCUGAGGUUUUAUCAACUAUGUUUAAGAACUGAAGUCAUGAAUGUAAUUAGCAGAACCUGCCGUGUGCCAACUUUGAUAGAUUAAGAGAAGAAGAAGGUUCCUGGCACAUGUUUUCACGAGGCCUGUAUUGCUAUCUUGAUUCUUGCUGUUAUGAAUAAAAAAAUGGAAUAAAAAACUACAAAUUAA